AUGGCGGGGUCGCCACUGCUCGGCGGGCCGCGGGCCGGGGGCGUCGGCCUUCUGGUCCUGCUGCUGCUGGGCUUACUCCGGCCUCCCUCCGUUCUCUGUGCACGGGUAAAGGAUCCCCGCGGCCCGGGCGCGGCCUCGGCGGCCCUGGGCGAGGCGGGGGCGGCGCGGCGCUUCCGGCGGGCGGCGCGGGGCGAGGCGGCGGCGGCGCAGGAGCUGGCCCGGGCGCUGGCGCACCUGCUGGAGGCCGAGCGGCAGGAGCGGGCGCGGGCCGAGGCGCGGGAGGCGGAGGACCAGCAGGCGCGGGUGCUGGCGCAGCUGCUGCGGGGCUGGGGCGCCCCCCGCGCCGCCGACCCCGCCGCGGCCCCGGGCCCCGAGGACGACCCCGACGCGCCCGCCGCGCAGCUGGCCCGCGCCCUGCUCCGCGCGCGCCUGGACCCCGCCGCCCUGGCCGCGCAGCUGGCGCCCGCCCCGGUGCCCCCCGCGGCGCUGCGGCCCCGGCCCCCCAUCUACGACGACGGCCCCGCGGGCCCCGACGCCGAGGACGACGGCGACGACGCGUCCGAUGUGGACCCCGAGCUGCUGAGGUACCUGCUGGGCCGGAUCCUCUCGGGAAGCCCGGAUGCCGAGGCGGGGGCUACCCAGCGCCGCCGCCUCCGCCGCGCCGCCGCCGACCAGGACCUGGGCCCGGAGGUGCCGCCUGACGGGGUGCUGGGGGCGCUGCUGCGCGUGAAGCGCCUGGAGACCCCCGCGCCCCUGGCGCGCCGCCUCCUGCCGCCCUGA